UGUUCGUCGAACCGCAUCAUUCGUUCAAUAGCCACGUUUUGCAGUCCAACUCUGAAUAAUCUAAUCCAGCAGCGCAAUGGCACGUACCAAGCAGACGGCUCGUAAAUCUACUGGCGGAAAGGCGCCCAGGAAACAGUUGGCCACCAAAGCCGCACGGAAGAGCGCACCCGCUACCGGAGGAGUGAAGAAACCACAUCGUUACCGUCCUGGAACCGUCGCUCUCCGUGAGAUCCGUCGUUACCAGAAGAGCACGGAACUGUUGAUCCGCAAAUUGCCGUUCCAGCGUCUGGUACGUGAGAUCGCCCAGGAUUUCAAGACUGACCUGCGUUUCCAGAGCUCCGCCGUCAUGGCGUUGCAAGAAGCUAGCGAGGCCUACCUAGUCGGUCUGUUCGAAGACACCAACCUGUGCGCCAUUCACGCCAAGCGUGUCACGAUCAUGCCAAAAGACAUCCAAUUGGCUCGUCGUAUUCGUGGAGAACGUGCUUAGGACUGAUGUUUUUAUCAUUAUUAUCCCCUUAAAAAGGCCCUUUUCAGG